AUGACACGAUCAGCUUCAUCUGCAACAGUCGCUGGUUAUGAUUUUCAGUGUUGCAAGGCAUGCGAAUAUUGUCAAGCACUCAGUAAAACUGGGGCUGGAAGUGAAGUUAUGCAUAACAAUGAUCCAAACCAAGUGAACGAUUUAAAUUCUUGUUUGCCCACCGCAAAUUCAAAUACAUCUAACCAUACAGAAAACAUUGGAUAUUCGCUUGUACUACCUACUUCAUCUUCACAAAAUUUUCUGGCUACCUGUGCACCACACUUCCUACCAGACGUUGUCGUUCCAACUACGGAACCAUAG